UGAGUGAGACCUUGAUAUUGGUCUGAACAGCAGAGCGAUUCCAACGAGUUCAUUACUCUUUGGUUUUACAGUUAAUUAGAUGUGUUUACCUGACGAAUAUUGUAAUUGUCUGUGGGAAAAGAGUCCAUGGCCUGUUGGUCAAUGACCUGAACUGUGCAUGAGGUAUUCCAAGUGAGUUCUGUGGCCGCUCGCAAUAUGCAUAUAUGCUUGGAGUAACUUCAUGGUAUAUAAACCAAGUCAUAAAACGUAGGGAAUAUCUUCUACAUUGGUUUUGACACUUCUGCAGGAAUGCUUUCAAUACUACGGAUAUCCCUCUGAUCAUUUAACAGGAUUAUUACUGGUUUCAUUGUAAAGGAUUAAUGUGUGUGAUGCCAAGUAAUCAUCUCAGGAUCCAUUGGAAUACUGAUGGAAUCUAUGUCACACUUGCUGCAUGGAUCUAAUUGCAAUCCCGAUUGGGUUUCACACACUGACUGAUUGAAUCAGCGCUAACGGAGGUGAUAGCUGAUUGGUUUGAAAAGCCUUGAUGCGAUAGAUGGUGAUCUUGUACAGCAAUACUGACCCAGGAAAGCUUGGCUAAAGUUUUGGAUAAGCAACAGGUUGUUAAGAGAGACAUUUAGUCGGAACAAGCUUCCAAUUAUGGAGCCCCCUGGUGUUGCAUGAUCAUCACUGACGUUAAAGUUAACCUUCUUGAGAACAAGUGCCAUUAUCUUUGACCAAUUUUAGCUUAUUAGCAUAGAAAGCUCGGGUGCCAGAGCUGAACGAUCUUCCUGGCCAAACCUUACUUUCCACCCUUGACUUUAAGCAGAAAUUAGCCUGUGUUACAUAACCAUGCUCCUAUCUAUAAUCGCUGGGUGACAGUUUUCAUUUUUGGACACAGGACCCCAUGGAAGUAAGAUAUUUAUGGAAGGUAAUCACAGUGGCGGGGAGAUCUGUCAUUGCAGUGGAAUUUUUGACACCAUAAAGGACAUUGUGUGCUGGGUGUUGGGUUUCAAGCCAGCGUACUUGGACUGUCAUGAUCGCUUUCGGAACACAACUCACAAGGGAGCAGCUUGAAUGGAGAUAAGGUAGUGCACUAGACUGAAAUGUGGGAUUAACUUACUGUUUCUCACAAAAACACUUUUAUCAAGUUCUUAGAAAGUAUUCUUUGGAUUAUUGAGUGUAUUUUUUAAAACGAUUGUUGGACAGUGACUUUACAAAGGAAUUUAAAAUUCAAAGACUUUAAAAAACUUCAUUGUUUGGCCGAUUUUACUUGUGAAAGCAUUUGAUGUCGGCAGUUGUGUGAACUUUACUGUAUGACGAAGUUCGAGUAGGACUUUAUUGAAACAAGAAUUCACCGACAGAUUACGUGAAGUGGGUAAUGUGCUCAUUGAGGAGAUGAUAAACAAAUGUAGUAAAAAAAUCACUGAAGUUCAAAUAACUCGAGAGGGGUGAGACUUCCUAAACUGUUUUAGAUACAAAAGACUCCACUGGGAGGAAUUAAAAUAAUCCAAGAAAAUUCACCAAGAAAUAAGGAUUAGUGUUGUAUUGUCAUGAACCUAAUAAGUCCAUUUUGAAGUUAUUCAAAUUGUCUGGAGAGAUUACAAGUCACCAGGAAUAAGCGUUCCUGUCAAGUAGACUACUGUAGAAUAGGCACCUACUUAGAGAAUACAUGCAGGGUAACGUUCAAGUCUUUUCACUUGACCCUCUCCGUGUGGGUGAAAUUGUGAGGAGAGUUUCGUGGUCGUGGAGUGGAAAUUCCUGAUGAAUGAUGUCAAGACUCUUGCCAAACUGGAAUAGCUGAUUCAACAGAGACUCUUGCCAAACUGGAAUAGCUGAUUCAACGGAGACAUUGACCUCUACACUUUGGGGAUAUAUGGACACCUUCGCCAAAGGAUAUUGCUGGUCAAUCACACAAACAAGCGUGAUGGUAUAUUUACUGGACAAACUUACCAACAAUACUACGGAUAUUGACCAGUUUAGUUAGUAAACAAACUGGAACUUAGUGCCUUAUCUGAGGAUAUAUUUGGCCUGUGGAUCUUCGAGGAAUUGACGUGUGUACGCUCACUGAUAAAGUGACCGGGAUAUCAGGAUAUGAAAACCAAUACUCCUACGUAACUAAUCUUGAACCAAUCAGCUAUUACAUAUUGUACACACGUUAGCCAUGCGAUGUUAGUAGGACCUACCAGUACAUGAACAGUCAAGAAACAAAAGAAUAAUUCCUGUCAUCGCAAUUUCCAUUCAUGCAGCAAAUGUGACUCUUGUACACAGGAUUACAUGUUUUGGACCAUUGAGCUACUGUUUAUGAAACAAUAGUUACAUGGUAUAACUAUUGAGGAUUACUCCACGAGGUUUAAUCAUUUCUCUAUUUCAUUUUAGUGAAGCGAUUUUGAUACGUUGUUUAAAAAUUGACACAGAUCCGACUUGGUGUUGGCAUUGAGGAGCUUACUAUGACCAAGUGUUGCUCUGUCGACUGAUUCACCAGGAUAAGCCAUCAGUAUGGAUUGAGACUUGGGAUGGGAACAGGGAGUUCAGUGGUACAGCCAGCGGUGGAUGAAGGAGUAAGAAGCACACAGGUUACGGUCGACACAGAGAACAAUCACUUUCGAAAGGGAGCACAGGGAAAUGGUGUAAACCAUUCGCUGCGAGUGCAAGCAUUAUUAUCAUCGGUUCAUGAGGACAGAAACCCUAACGCCGUCCCACACAGGGUGAGAAGUUUUCAGGUUCGAAGAAGCGAGCCCAUCACUGGUUCUACCCGGCGGCUUAAAUAUCGUGCGCCCCAGCCGCCAGUGUCGGUCGCACCCUUUAGUUUUUCUGACGUUGUAAAGAAUGUUGCAGUAGCUUCUGUUGGUGAGUUAAAGGUUUGUGGUAGUCCUCUUGGAAAGCGACAUGACUUGAUAGGUGGUGCUACUUUACAGGAGAACGCAGCCUCAGGAAGAGGUUCAGCAGCUGCCAUGACGGACAAUCGUAUGGAAGAAACUCGACUGGAGAGGAAUGGUGUGGGCCCACAUGUCUCCUCCAGUCCAAGGCCUAUACCCUCUCCAAGACUUUCUAAAUCAGAGAGCAUGACUCGCCUGACUCCACACGGGAGCCCCGCGAAUGAUCGAGUGGUGAAGCGCAGGAACACGGAUAUAUCUUCUCGAUUAAUGAGGUCACAACCCUUGCCGAAAAUGAAGCCGGGCUUGUCUCCUCCGGUGACUAAUGGAGAUGGACAUGUAAAACAGUUAUCAGAUAGUUGGAUAGACCAAGCAGCUUCUGUGAAGCCCUAUGUGCAUCCAAGGCAGCACUCAGAUCCCCCAUCAACUCAGGAAAGCUCACACAGAAAGCAUGCGGACAAGGAACAUUCCAUUCAAACUGUUGAUACUCAGAGGGAAUCGGCACGCACAAUUCAGAACAAGCCACAACUCAGUACAAAUACUCAAAGGAACUCAAGGCUUGAACCUGACCAGAUUGAGUGGCAGCCUCAUGUUGUCUCUGAUUCUGAUUCUCAGGUUCAAAAACAAACAAUACCAAUUCAAAAACCACGAGCAAUUCGGCCGAGCUCAUUCAACGUGAGGUUGAAGGUUGAUCAUGGUGCGGCAAGUAAAGGCAGCAAGGAUAGAUCAGGGAUUACGGGUCGACAUACUUCAGACAGCAGUCCAGGAAGCAACGGGCAAGCCCAUGAAGUGAUCAGUCAAUCAAGGAAUCUCAGGAGGAACAAGGCAUUGUUGAAGAGCAAUUCUGAGGAGCACAGUGAAGGCUAUCACUCUGCCAUCUCUAGUCAGGUCGGGGACGGCCCAGAUGAUCAUGAUGAUGAUGAUGAUAUCAUCAUAGUGUCGGAGAAAUCACCGAGCAAUAAGACAAAGAUGAUUCAUGUUCCUCCUGUGCCUUCUGCACUGUCACCAACAAGCCCAGUCCAACCCAGGCAUCCAUCUCAUCUCCGAGCAGUGUAUGCGAGAAGUAGUACUCAUUCCUCGAAUGAUUCUAUAGAUUCUGUGGAGGGGUCUCCAUUUGGUGUGUCCUAUGGAUCAACUGGCACUCAACUAGCUGAUGAUGAGAGUAGUGACAUCUUGGGCGAUUCUGUGAGUAGUGUGGACUCUUUUGCUCUGAAGAAAGACGAGGUGGUCGUGCUGAGAAAUAAACAGAGACCGAAAAAGGAUGAAGGUGGUGGAAAAGGGUUUCAUAAAAAGUUGGGGAAGUCCAUCAGUGAUAGCCAGAGGCUGGGUGCAAGUUGUGAAGCACUGGAUGACAACUUCCUACGGGCAUCACUGCCGGAGGAUCUCUGGAAUCGUCACCUACAGAAAUCUAAAUCUACACUUGACGUACCAGAUAAAAGUCAUAGUCCUGUGUUGGACAAUUCACAAAGUAGUUCUCCUAGAUCUACCUCAAGUUCACCAAGAAGAGAGAAACGAUCAAGACACUAUGGGUUAGACCCAAAGAACUUCACCCCAAAGUUUAACCGAAUGCAGGGUAAUUCGCCGAUCUUUAAGAGAAAAACUGCUCCAAUUAUAGAAAGAAGCGAACACCCAGAGAAGGAUGCCAGGAGGACAACGCCUGUCAGUUUGUUUGCCAGCACUCCAACGAGCCCUGACCCACCUGAUUAUGAGACCACCCUUCAUAAUCUCGUUGAAGGUACCACCAAAGUUGACAGGGAGCGAGAACGCCGCCUCAAACAUAGGUCACUGCAGCCGGACAUUUUCCCUAGUCAUGCUUGGUUGUCUGGGCCGGAAGUCCGUGUUAAACGACCAUCUAUUAGUACAGCGUUUGACUUGAGCCCUGAUGGUAAUAUCGCUAGCUUAAAUCUGGAGGGUCUAAACCAGACAUACCCAGUUAGUGAACGUGGCAAGAAGGUAUCUCGCUUACAUGAUGACUGGACCACACUCAUAUCACCUCGGUAUUCACGCAAAUCAAAAGGAUUAAACCUUUCACUGAAGAGGAGGGAGAAUCGUCAGAUUGACACUAAAGUUAAGAAUUCAUCGUCACUCUUCCCCCAGGAGGGAUUUACCUCAUCCAAGUUGCCUAACGUUUGUUUUGUGAUCGAUCUGGAUACAGUGGUUGAAGAAACCUGCUAUGAGGCUGACUUUGAGGUGCAGCGGAUCCCUGAAUAUGACAAAUACCUGCAGGAGCUGCACGAUGAGACGAGCACGACACACCCCGACUAUGAGGAGUUGAGCAAGACAGCGCAGAGAGUUAGCAAUAUGGUAAAGGAGCGAGAGCAGGAGAUGAGCAAUGCUGAGAAUGAAUACAAGGUGGAUAACGUUCAAGACCGCUUCCCCCACGAUGACCUCCAGCUCAACGAGAAGGAAAAGUCAAAUCAGCGAUACCGUGCUCUCCAGACGCGGCGGCGGUCAGCGCCCUCUGCUGUCCUCAUCAAAAAUGUUGGUGUUAAGAACCGUGGAGCACCAAACAUCAACUCGCGACCACUGCCAUUUGUAUUGGAUGAGCUACCCAGCCGCCCUCAUAACACGAAUCGCACUUAUCUCUUGGAGGGGCCCGUCCAGUUGACAGCGGGCAUCCAACCACAGGAUCGAUACUUAUUCCUCUUCAAUGACAUCCUGUUAAUCGCAAAGAAAAAGUCUGCCACAACUUUCAAAUUAAAGACACGAGUACGGGUAUGCGAGUUAUGGCUGACCAAGAGCUUUCUGGAGGAUGUCACCGAAGCGUCGAGCUCAGCUUGCCCGCCAGAGAGAUCAUUUGUGAUUGGCUGGCCAACGACGAAUAUGGUCGCAACAUUUGGUACGGCAGAUUUAAAGGACUUGUGGUUGUCUAAGUUGACCAAUCAGAUCUCUGAAGAGAAAAGCCGGGAGGUGCCGAAGAUGGUGUCGCUACGGAUACUUAACAAGGAGAUGCCAGGUUAUGCAUCAUCCAAGAAUAUUCCUGUGAUGAACACCGAGGAGGUGAAUGAUGUCAUCAAGACGUGUUUGGAACAGUUUGAGAUCUCGGACGCCAAGCCUGAAGAUUACCAGAUCUGGGUGAGAUCAGGGAAAGAAGGCACCAUGUCUCCUUCAGCUUACCCACUUUUUGGUCAUGAGCAUCCCUACUCCAUCAAGAUGAGCCACGUGCGUGAUGCAGCCAAGGUCUCUGGCCACGUCAUUCUCCCACAGGAUACGGAGCUCGGCUCAGAUUCAGUAUCACCAGAACAUCAAUGCCAGUUCAUCAUAAAACACAAGUCAAAACUACAGCUGCUUAAUAUCUCGAACAAGAAGAACAAGAAGUCAACCAUUGCCAACCUGUUCCGGCGCAGUGCCAGCCGGCGUGACAUGUUAGACUUUGAUAUUGUUGAUGCUACGAUGCAGGGCAAACUGUUUGGGCAGCGUCUCGCUGACAUAUGCGAGGAUGAUGUGUUUCCCAAACCAGUCAUGGACUUGCUGACGCGGUUGUUCCAUGAAGGCCCCUUGGCUACGGGCAUCCUUAGGAAGAGCGCCAACAAACGACUCUGUGAGAAUCUCAAGGCGUUGUUUGAUGAGGAGAAGGAAUACAAUAUCGAUGAUUGGUCCAUCCUCGUCAUCGGAGACACACUAAAGCUGUUCUUCCGCGAAAUGCCAGAUUCAAUCAUCGGUGGCGACCUCUACGAGAAGUUUGUGGCGACGUGUGACAUCAGCAACCAGGAGGAGCGGGUGGACGAGGUUAGGCGCAUGAUCGAGUCUCUUCCUAAAUGCAACCAGUAUCUUUUGAGACAUUUCUUCUGUGUCCUUUGCCGCAUUGAUGAGAACAAAAAGGAAAAUAACAUGGAUGCUUACAACCUUGCCGUCUGUGUCCGGCCAAGCAUCUUACGGAAUCCUUCCCCAGGGUUGGAUUGUCAGGACCCGAUGUUUCAGGAACAGAUGAAGAAAGAGACAAAAUGUGUCCAGUUUGUGAUCGAGAACUUUGUUGAGUUGUUUGGGGAGGAAUCGCUCAAGAUGUUUGGUGAGCCUAAGUUGACGAUGAGGCAAGACUCGGGGACAGACUCGGAUAGUAUGCACAGCAUUCUCAGUAUGCAGGAAUCCACAGGUGGCCUGCGACGGGACGACUCGUCCUUAGACAGUCUUGAUCGUGAGCUCUACAGCACUGAGAUGGACUCAAGCCCACAACUCGCCAAGAGCCACCUCUCCCCAACUAAUCUUAGCCGGGAUUCGGGACUCACGCUUAGUGAUUCACAACUUUAUGAAGAAAGCGGGGAAAGUGAGAAUUCGAACAAUAGCGGUGGUCGCGCAGACCUCAGUCGCGAGGAACUGCUGUUGCCUGUUCCACCACCAAGAAACAAACGACGACGAGGCUCUGAACCGCAGACCAAUCUGGACGCUGCUCGGGUAUUAGCUCGAAUGUGUGCGGUUCCUGGGAAUGGUGCAUUGGCUUCGGGUAUGGGUCAAGAGAAGGCACGCGGAUCACUGUGUCACAGUAUGUCAGGUGAUGUGUUUAGAACAAUCAAACAUGGUGGUCAGCUCCAGGCAAAGAAACUUUCAAUAGAAUCUCUGCGAAGUGUUGAGGAGAACUCUGAAUCAGAGUUGAACCCAGACUUUCAGCGGUUUCAGUCGUCAGGAGACAUUGGUGUGUUACGGAAAUCUUUGAGUGGUGCUAAGUUGUUUUUCGACGAGGAUAUGGUGAUGACACAUGGUCCUGGUGAGGCGGUGCCCACUGUUGCACAUGGUGGUUUGACUGUGAGUUGUGAUAAUCGUAGAUCGUCUACAGAAUACUCAUCGCAAGACUCUGAACCUUCGACACCAGGUUCACCAAACUUGUAUCGUCGCGUUUGGUCCGCUGAUACUGCAUCCAAACCAGGCAUGUUAAGUGCCAGUUACGGAGGGUCAUCUCACCAGUAUCAGAACACUUUGAAUCCGAACUAUGUUCCGCAGUCUAAUAAAGCGUCGGGAAGCAGACUCAAUGCUCCGAUGCAGUCUAUCUCUCACUCGGCACCGUCAACGCCGAAUGAGUCUUCACCAUCUAGUUCUCCACGAGGAUCGUUCUCAAAAUACUUGUCCAAGGAUUCAGCUGGCUCAUCUCCACGCGCCUCGUCUACAGAUCUGUUGAGUAACGAUUCAGACGGCGAUUGUGCACCUCCUCUUCCACCAAAACCACCAACGUUGAGCCUGACCAAUGCGCCAGUCACUAAAGCUGGAAAGUAUUCAGACACGGUGGGUUGCGGGUCUCCGCCUCCAGAUGUGAUUCUGCGCAAUCAAAUCUAUAAAGGUCAACAAGGUCCCGAACAAAUCUUUGACUUUGAUUCCCCAAAGUUGCGUGGGUUUGAUAGCACACGGCUUGCCCAUGACGUGAUCAGUAGCUGUUCAUCGGACGAUGAUGACCGGCCGACACGAUCUUUCACAUCGAGUUUGAGUAGUUUAAAUUCUGGUGGAUCACAGGAAAAGACAGAUAAAGUUGGCACAACAGUGUCUACUUCAGUCACAAGGAAAAACUGUUUACAAAAAGCGAUGUUCGUUGAGAAGUCGUCUAGUGAUACUAAUGUGCUUAAGCAGUUUCACAAGAGUUCCUCGGGGGCCCUUGGGAGACGUGACAAUGGGCAGAUACGGCCCGAGAGGCCGCCAUCUUACCAGGAGGCGAUUCACAGGAAGAUUCUGUUAAAAAGUGGCAACGGCACAACGCAGGCUGUGACUUACACAGACAAAGACAUAGUUGAACAAUCUGCUAAUAGUGCAAAUGCCAGAAAACUUUAUGAAGAAUCUCUUAAGAAAUAUAACCAGGGUAUUGAAGGGUCUUCAAGUAGUGCAUCCUCAAAGUGUGGCAUGGAAUCUCGGCCCGGAUUGCCCAAACAUUCUGUUGGUAGUGCUAUUCAAGAGGAGCCAUCCACUCCUCCAAAGAGUCCUGCGACCGUCAAACGUAGUCGAAGCGACACUGAUAAGAUAAAAGAGUUGAAGUCUCACUUCCAGAACGCUAUGUUCUACUCUCCAGUCGGGAAGGAGAGGAAAGAUGCGGUGAAAGACAAUGUGAAAACAAAACACGAAGUUCUCCGUCGGCAAUCGUCCGGGAGUGGAAAUCCAAGCAUGCAUCUCUCCGAUUGCACUCCGGUCAAGGUUGAUAAGAAUGCAGCCACUGUUCAGUAUUAUAAAGCCCUCGUUAAAACUGCCCCAGAACCCAACACAAUGCGGCGGAACCCACCUCCAUACCGGCACCCUCCACCAAUACAAAGUCUGGCAACGAGUAGUGGCAGCAAGGUCAAGGACGAUGAUGAUAAGCCGAGGUUACGCAGACAAGGAUCUGGCCCGAAACCAGCUGUGGACCUCGACACUCUUGUCUGCACGGAGGAAUCUCUUGUCUAAUGUUGUCAACCCAAUGUUGUCAUCAUGUCUUGGGGCACCAUCUUGCUAUGUCAUAUUGUCUUUCUGGAGUAGAACCUCGUCAUUUGCAGCAAAGUGUAGAUGACUAUUACUUACAUCAGUUUCAAGUGUUAUUUUAAUCAUCAUCAAAAUCAAAUUGUUGUCUACUAACAUAUUUGAAUGGACUUUUGUCCUGAUUGUGACAUCGUCUUGUCAGACCACUUUGCUGUCCUGAUUGUGACAUUGUCUCUUCAGACGAGCUGUUGGUGCUUCUGUCCUGAGUGUCUGUCACUUCAAUCUCUUGCCGACCAUGAAUUGUCAUAUUGACUUUGGUGUGUCACAUCGUGAAUGUCGUUAUAUAAAGUCACCCUCAGUCCCUCUAUGACUGGUGUAUUCAAGUUCAUAUGUUUCCAAGUCACCUCUCUUAAUGUGCAGUCAUUUCUCUAAAUGUGGGUCGAAGUCCGAUCUGAAUUUCUUGAGACAAACAUUGUUGCCAUUUCUAAUGGUGUUAUAUGUGAGAAGCAUACUACGUGUAGCUCUGUGUACAAUAUAUCUGACUCAUUAUAGAGGGUCGCCUCCUGAAGCAUGUAAGGAGGCCAGGUUUGACAGCCGGGGUCGUCUCCAGCCUCAACUGAAUGAUAUAUCAUGUGAUUAUAAUGGCUCCUACUUAAUACCAUUGUCAUGUUGUUUUAGAGUCUUGUUCAUCGAGAGCUUCUGUGGUGUUCUACCCCAGCUUUAUUGACACUUGCAAUAUCGUUUCUUGUCAGAAGUACAAGUGAAAGGGAGACUAUAGACUGGAGCUGAUGUACUGGAGGGACACCUAGUGGCGAGUUAGCAAAACAUAAUCUGGUGCACAGCUCGUCUGUUGGCUCCCUUUAAGAAGAUCACAAGACCAUGACAUGAUCACAGAUGUGCUCGUGUUUGGAAAUCCCAAUUUAUUGUUUUUAUCUAAGGAGUUGCAACCAGCAAUCAGAAACAGAAAAUGUGAAAAAAAGACAAAGCAAUUGAAAAUUGAUGAGAAAUUUGUGGCAAGUUUUAAAUUAUCUUCCGAUUGUUUAGGACCCCUAUUGGUGCAGUCUUGAACUAGGACUAUAGCAGUAACACUGUAUGACAAACAUGUAACAUAGAUAAUGCAUUAAUGUGAAUAAUUAUAUGUAUGCUAAACAAUGGUGCCAAAUCUUGGAAUUCACAAAACCAAGAAAUAUAUGAAAAAUUACUCAGGAAUAAUAUAAGUUAUUAAUUAACUACAAAAACGUAACUGGGCAUGUUGUGUUGACAUUUGCCUGGUAUAUUGAAUGUAUCUGAUCAAAACAGUUGGACAGUUCAAGUGUCUUCAUCAGACCGCUCUCUAUCCUUUUUGCCAAAAGAAACUGAAAGGUGUACAAUUUCAAUUGUGACAAAAUAGUAUGAACUGUCUAUUGAUGUCCCCUUACUGUAAGAUGUAAGCGUUUGAUUUUGUCCUCCGGUUGUUUUUUCUGGUGCUUAUCUAUUUUAAAGGCUUACGUUGUUCCCCCCAAAAUGAAUAGGGAGACUUUUCAGUUGGGUAAAACACAGUGAAUAUGAAUUUCAACAUUGCUGUUGUGUGCAUCGGCAAUGUUUAUUCUGUUUACUUGUGACACAAAAGCAAUGUGCAUCUGGCAUAGGCCUUUGAAGAAUGUAAUGGACAGUAUUUCAGUCCCUGUUAUGAUGUUGUUUCUCUAUUCUCAUGUUGAACAUUAGUAAAGAAUCUCGACCCUUACCAGACUGGUCCUGUGUACAAAUGUUGGUUGACGGCAUAUCUGCCAUGGACUGAGUGAGGUCCUUUAAAACCUGCUCAAGGGUCGCCCGUUUGGUGGAUUCGGUUGGUGAUUUGACUUCUGUAUCAAUUAAAGAAUGUUCACAUGCUUCUCUGAGAAAGUCUUGAAUCUCUUCCUUUUCCUCUCAAAGGUGAAAAGUUUUGAUCCUGUCCACGACACAUGUAUAUUGCUGUUAUAUCAACAUAUUGUUAUUUUCCUAACCAACUCUAUCCUCCCAUGCAUUGUCAGGUGUCUUCUGUAUAGAGUUAAACACAGUGCACAUAUUUGGCAUCAUGUUGUCUAUGCUGUUGUCAUUGUAACAGUGUCGGGAGAAUUUUGGUAAUAAACUGUACAAAUCAUGAU